GCAAAUAAAAUAGUGCAAAACUGAAAUAAAUUAAUAAAGGCAAAAGAGCUAAAUAAAAAUCUCUUUCUCAAUGGUAAUGGGGCGUAUUACGAUAAGCAACGCGUCCUCUCAUUCCACUGCGGUGAACAGUGAUCUACUGGUCAAGCUGGAGAAAACAUGCUGUGGAUCUGCUGCUUAGAAACUUGGUUUGAAAAAGAGCCCCGCCCUCCUUCUGCCUCUCCUGGAGCCUUAUAACCAGAUGCCUGUUCUUCAGACGCAGAUACCCAAGAAAGGCACUGGACUUGAGCACACUUACCCAAUAGAUCCUGGAGAGCAGACAGAAAGAAACCCGACGGAAUAUACGCUUACGUUUGUUUAAAUCCACAAGAAGCAUCUUUCCUGAAGAAGACAUGGAUUUUUUGAACCACAACUACUUGAGUGCGCGCUCCCCGUACGAUUACACCUUUAAUUUUUGGAAUGACUAUCUCGGGCUGUCCACGCUGGUCACAAAGAACAACAAGCACAGCGUCCCCCAGAGUCCCAACUCCAUCACGGAGUCCCUGAAAGCCACGCUGGGCUUGGACGACACGCCUCCGUGCCCGUGCGUAAUCGCGGCCGGCGGCGAAGGCGAAAGCGGAGGACACCUGGACUCCUGCUGCUGCCCCCCGCCUGCCUCCAUCUCCAUCCUGGAUCUGAAAGAGCGCUUCUCCAUCCUGAGCCCCUUCCAGAACCAGAACCAGGGCACGGGAGGGCUGCUGUCCUCCUCCCAGGAACGGGAGAUGGGCAUCGGAGGGGGCUUCUCCGGGUUCGACCUGUUCGGCGUGGAGAGGAAGAUGAGGAAACCAACUGCGCGGAAUAAGCAGGAGCCCAAGAUCUGCGUCUUCUGUCGGAAUAACGGCGCGCCCGAGGAGGUGUACGGCUCGCACGUCCUGAAAACUCCGGACGGGAGGGUGGUGUGCCCGAUCCUGCGGGCGUACACGUGCCCCUUAUGCAGCGCCAACGGGGAUAACGCGCAUACGAUAAAAUACUGCCCUCUCUCCAAAGACCAGCCUGCCCAGAGAGUGCUGAAGGGAGGCAGAGCCGUGGGUGGUAAGCGAGUGAAAAUCUUCUGAAAAAGACUGAUGAAAUAGCCUACACUUACAUUUAUUGCACUGAACAUUUUCUUUCAGAUGAUGACUGUUCUGAUUGCGGCUUUCUGAGUCUUAACUACUAGGCAACAGGACUUAUUAAACAAAUACGAUAUCCAUGUUUUGUUCAGAAUAAAAAAUAAAAAAAUAAAUAAAAAAAAAGACAAACAAACAAGCAAACAAAAAAAAAAUCUUAUAUUUUUAUAGAUACUUUAUUUCCAUAGUUUAUUGCAUACUUUAUUCAUGAAAAAAAAAAUCUAUUUUUUUCCUUUUCGCGCAUAGUUUUUAGAUGUUUAUUCAUUGAAAAUCACAAUUCAUAGUCACGUGUUUUUGUGAAAUAAAAGAUGUUAUUUUUGUUUAAAUGGAAAACGUGAAUGUUGGCAUUUAUAUACACACCAGAGGAGCUGCUCUUCUGUUGAACUCAAGUAUUUGAUUUACUGUAAGCCAAGCUUGCACCUCGUUUUGUCUUUUGAACCAAAGUUUAUUUUGCCAUUAAGCGAUUUUACGAAUGUUCCACAUGUCUUCAUUUAACUGACAGGCUUCUGAACCGAAGUUGGAAGUCCCAUUCCGCUCUUCCCUUAAAGUCCACUCCAUAAUUUCUUUUAAUCCGGGGCCUGACAUUUAAUACGGGCGCGCACAGCAGCACAAUAGACUCUCUGUUGCGCGUUCACAUUCUCAGCAUAACUUCAUAAUCAGCCAGGGACGUAGAUUCCAGGAGGGGAAGGGAAUAUAUUUAUAAAAUGAUCAAUGGAACAUGGAAAUUCUUCACACUGUAACCCCCCCCCCCCCCCCCCAAUGUUCAAGCCAAAUCUACCCACUUGUAAUCAGCCAAAUUAUUUCCAACCCCACUGACAGAGCCAGACAUAGGCUAGAUUACAUUUUACAUCAUUGAGUUCCAUGUUACUCAUAUUACAUGUAAAUGUAAUUAACUACCAUAGUAAUAAUACUAACAGAGUUAAUUUACAAGCAGCUCCACAUUUUAAGUAGCCUACAUGUUGCUCAUUAGUAUUACUCAGUAAGUACACACCAUGUAAUUACUCUGUAACAUGAACACUCUAAUGUAAAUGUGACCACAGGCUAUUUUUUCACCCAGACUUUUUUUUUUAGAGAUGACCGUAUGAGGGGCCCUUUCGAUGUUUACACCCCGAGUAAGGGGAACACACACUGGAAGUAAAAAAAAAAAAAAAAAAAAAAACACAAUUCCUAUGGGUGCCUCUCUUUAGCUCGAUAUGAUCUGCUGGGUGUGCAAAACAUCCUGGGUGUGCAAGGGGGGAGGGAAAGAGGUUUACGACCAAAACAAAAACACAUCACUUUUGAAUUCUCAAAAGGUCCAAGGUGAAAUAUAGCACGAAUGAAUGUUCUUAAUAAUAAAAAAGCUUUUUGUAAAACAAUGAAUUUUCCCCUUUUUGCAUCAUGUACAAGAAUAAAUUCCAAAAAAUUCAAAAAAAAAAAAAAAAAAAAGCAAAAAUUAUUGUGAAUGUACAAUUGACACUUGCAGGACUGCACAUUUCUGACAGUUAUGUUUACCAAAGGAAUUCUGUUUUAAUGAAGUAAGGAACAUAGAUUUGCUGUAUUGUAAAUAAUUGCUGGAAAAAAAAAAAAAAAAAUGGAAAAAGAAUUAAAUGAUGUCUAUUCAGUAUUUUACCAUUUAAAAGUGACUUCAGAGGGAACUACCUCACCAGGAUUUUGUAUUUACAUGUAAAAUGUCAACAGCAGUUUAUUAAUAUAGUGUACCAUUUAUAACAAGGGUUUAUAAUAGUAUUUUUGAUCUUUGUAUAACAUAAUUGUAUUUUUUUCCAGUGCAUUCUACAGACGAAAGUGAAAUUCCAAUAAGCUCUAAGCAUUGUUUAGCUAAUACUGUAAAUGACAGCUGUACAUAUGAAUAACAAUAUCAUACAUUUUAAGUUGUUGUUCAAUGUUGCGUUCUUGGAUGGUGAAAGAAAGAGAGAAUCAAAUGUUGAAGACAUCAGACAAUUUGCCACUUUUAACUGAGGUUUGUAAUUAAAAGAGUAAAAAAAGAAACACUGUUGAAUUUUCUUAUUUAUAUUUUGUCACAAUUCCCUGUAUGCUGCUGUGCAGAAAUUAAAGAGAUGAAUUCACUAGAUUAAUAAACAGCUUAUGAAAUGGUUUAA